CCAUCUGCAGCUAAGCAAGAUCACUAACUCCGUAAAUGAAUAUAUUUGGUGUACCCUGAGAUGUACAAUGUUGGGAAAAGAUCAAUACUUUGUUUAGGUUGACUGUGACAUAAGAUGUACCUGUGCAUUUUAUAUUAGACAAUUAUUAUGUUGUUAGCUUUUAGGUGGCAGAAUUGGCUUCAAUGGUAUUGUACUUAUCAAGGUAUUUGUUUAGAAUCAGUUCGUCCAACCUACGAGUAAGUUUCUGAAAUGCUAUUUAUUGGACCUGGGCAAGUGGGCAUUACCUCUUAUCUGAGGUGUCAGUGAUAUAUUCAAAAUAAAGCUUUAGAUUAACAUUGCAGUCAAAGUAUGUGAAGACGUGUCAGUCAAAUCUUUUGCUUGAAACCAAAUAUUGCUGGUUCUCAGCUCUUAGGUAGUUGGGAAUAGCUUAAAAUGCACAGAAAUUUCUUUAUUUCAGAACUUUGUCCCUACUUCCUACAAUUCGUUAUGCCGCGUGAUUAAUAUAUAUUGUCAUCUUGCAAAAUAAAUUUUGAUGUAUUAAAAUCUUAUUGCAGAACAAAUAUUCUAGAUGGUUGUGGGCUUGUGGCAGAAUAUUGAUCACUUUGUCUGCUGAUACUAACUUUAAUUUCACUUCAUGUAGGGGUUAAAGGGUACUAGGACAGGCACUGAUCUUCCAAAUGACCAAACCAGACAUUACCUCUGAAAUGGACAUUUUACCAGCUCACCUAUUCUCAGUACGAACUAUGCAUCUACUAAUCACAUCAGGCAACCUAUAACAACUCCACCCCUGAGAAGAAGCAAGUUGCUCCUUUGGUGAUCUUUCUCCUCAUACCACUGACAAUGGCCACCGAGUGUGAUGUGAACAAAUCUCGCCGCUUCGAUCUUGGCAUGUCGAGGCGGACACGAAGAUCAACAAGUCUCAUCACUUGUUAUCAAGAUCAACAGGUGCAGCCCCUUGUGCAGCAGCUACGUCAAGAUGCCAAGCUGAAGACAUUGUUCCAGUGCCAGGAUACAGAGCUGCAGCCACCAUGUCCAUAUGAAGAUCAGGAGUUGAGGAUUCUACAGGCACCACUGCAAUGCGAAGUUGAUGCACAGGAGACACUGAAUCAACACCGUGAUGAGCAGGAGGAGAAACUUCACCAUUAUCUAGAUGAAGAGCAUGAGAAGAAACUUCAGGAUCAUUUGGAUGAAGAACCGGAGAAGAAACUUCAUCAUUAUCUAGAUGAAGAGCAGGAGAAGAAACUUCAGGAUCAUCUGGAUGAAGAACCGGAGAAGAAACUUCAUCAUUAUCUAGAUGAAGAGCAGGAGAAACUGUUCCAGGAUCAAGACGAAGAGGAGAAAACACCAAAGCAAUAUCUUGAUGAGGAUCAGAAGACAUUGCAGCAAUGUCAAGAUGAGGAGAAGGCGCCAAAUCAAUACGAAGAUGAAGACAACACUACAGGGCAAUACCAAGAUGGGGAGCAGAAGACAGCUGAACAAUGCGAAGAAGAGAAGACAUCAGAGAAGUAUCACAAUGAAGAGCACAAGUCACUCGAGGCACAGCAGCAAUGCCAAGACACGAAGCAGAAGGCCCAGGAGCAACGCAAAACUGUGAAGAAGCCGAUCACGCCGCCGUUCGCCGACGACGUGCCCCGGUUCUCCCUUCAGGAUCUGAUUCAAGAGAAGCAGCUCCUCAUCGUCGGAGAAGCCAAAGCCACCAGCAAGCUCGGAAAUGGGGAGAAAGCCAUUAUUGCUGAUCAUAAACUUCCCGUGCCUCCGGCUGCUGGUGGCGCGACGUUGGCCAUGGUGAUAAAGCGCCCAGACGGGGGGAAGAAGUCGAUGGGAGUGAUUCGCCGUUGCGUGAAGGCACUGAACCAGAUGGUCAAGGCCAAGCAUGGCUCCAAGAAGAACAAACCUUUCUAAUCAAUUUCAGAUGUGCAGAAUCUGCCAAGAAACUCUAGAGCAAGGAUAACCAUCUACCUGAACGAAUAAUCUUGAUCAACUAGUAGGGUAUCAUCCAUUUGCUGUAUUAUCUGAGUUGUUUUAUGGCAUUUGCUCAGCAAUGUAAUUACUCAAUGAUGUACCAGAUAAACAUCAGAGUCUAGCUAGUUCACGCGCUUUGAAUGCAUCCUCUGCAAAGUUACUACACGAAGUAUGAACACGAGGGAAUUGCCCAGUUCUACCGACACUCUCUGGUCAGAGAUGGUGUUGGUGCACGCUCCCUUUCCAUCUUUUUGAGAGUCACGUCCCCUUUUCAA